AGCAUAGACACUAAAAAUUGCACCAAAACACAUUAGACAAAGCCGCGAAAAUUAGCAGCAGGAAAUAAAACGGAAGAAGGUUUAAGUCAAGAGUUGCACAAAAUGACAUUAUGCGAAAUGUUUGCACGGUACAGGUUUGAUAAUGAUGCGGUGAAUAUGGUAUGGCUUUCAUUGCAUUUGUUUGGAAUUUUUGUAAACUAUUACGGCAUAUCUGCACUGAAGCUUAACUGGAAACGACUGGGGAACGUGAAGAUCUUGCUCGCAACCAACAUCUUCUCUAACAUCGCCUCCCUUCUUCUUCACUUGCACAAGCCUGUCAACGCUUUGGUGCAUUCAUCGUCUGGAAUCCAGUGGAACUUUGGAGAGUUUCUCUGCACAUUUUUGCCUUCCAUCACAAAUCUUACAAUGGCGGCGUCCACUGUAAGCUUUACGGGAAUCAUUCUGGAGCAGUAUUACAAGAGAAUUUAUCACAGUGAACUUUCUUUAAAAAACUUGGAAAAUGUUGUUGUUUUAAUUUGGGCGUGGGCGGGCAUAAUUUCGGCGCCCCAGUUCUGCGAAUGCGGUUCACAUGAAUUUCUACGUGAAGCACAGAUGUGUCUACCGCCCUGGUACACGGACCGCAAAGGCCUCGUCUACGAGUCUGUUAGACUUAUUCUUCAGUAUGCUUUUCCCAUUGCUGUAGCAGCCUCGGCUUUCUUCAAAGAUCAAAUCGUGCAGCUCACAUCGGAUGGCUACUCUCAAGUUGCGCAAUGCGCUUGUAUCAGUGUAAAUACCUGCGCGGCGAUCUUUUUAGCAGCAGUCAUUUAUACAUAUCCCGUUCCAUUACUGCGUCCGUUCGCGACCAACCACGCCCUUGUGGAUAUAUCUGGUGCGAUGAGCUGCAUGGAGUUCCUUACCGUCGUUUGUUGCAUCGUAGUGCCAUUUGAGGUCGUGGCGAUCAUAGGCGAAGAAGUGAGCGGGGGAAAAUUGCACAGUCGGAUACGCGGCGAUGAAGAUGACGACGAUUUGUUAGAUUUGAAUACUUUUAGGGCAAAUGGAAAGGUUCACUUUGGAACUACAGACGACGUGGAUGAAAAGCGUUUAGUGACAUGUGCUUAAAGCCGCAUUGUCACCAGUUUACUUCCGACGGAAACCUCAAACGUUAAAAGACAAAAGAAUCUAUUAGAAUCCGAGAUAUUCAACAGGCCAUCCACUCUAAAUUAUCAAUCACAUCCUCAAAGAGACUUCCAAUGAAAUAUUUUUCGCGUUUUCCGUUAGAAAUCAUCGAAUAUUGUUACGUAAUCGACCGGAAGUAAACUGGUGACAAUACGGCUUUAAAUGAAGGGGUCUAAGAGGAUAAGGAACUGAAACGGCACAAAAGCAACUUUGGGGGAGGGAAGAGCACGGGGAAAAUCAAUAUUACGAGGAAUGCUAGGGAAGGUCAGGGCGCUAGCCAUUGACAAAGAAAUCUCUUCUCACUACCGUAAUUGUUAGAAGUGUAUAAGCGCCUUCCUUCGAAUAAAUGCCUCGCCUAAUGUGUAACAGACUUGAUGAUGAAGAGGGCGUGUUAAAAGGGAAGCCACAAAAACUGACUGUACUACCCGCACAACAUUUUCUCAUUGAAAGCUUGUUUUCUUAGGAUUCUUGGAGGAUUUGUACUCCGUGUAGGUUUUGCAAUUUUAUCUAGAGAUAACUUAUAUAUGCGCCCCGUCUGGGACAUUACGGUUAUCCACGUUUCAAUUUCACCAAAAAAAAAUAUCGUAGAAAAGGGCCAAGGGGAACAUGUACUUUGUUGUAAGAAAUUCGCAAAACGGUAAUAAAAUUUGAAGAGGUUGA